UUAGCGCACGGUAUUGGAAUGGGUAUCAGCUAUCUCAAAAACUGAUACAGAAUCAAAAUGGAUCAAUAUUAAAUCCUUUAUAAUGGAUAGAAAUAACCUUGAUUUUCUUAAGAAAAAAAGAUUUUUGACCAUUUUACCCCUGAUUCUACCAUUUAACUAAUACAAUAUUGGCUAGAUAUUCAGAUUAGAGACAUGCCAAACCGACACGAUUGAUUUGAUAUCAAUACUUAGAACCAUGCUAGUAUGAGUGUCCAUGGGUGAUCCACCCCCAUGCUCAUGGAUUUAGUUCUUGAUAUUGGUAAUGGUAUCAGUCUCAAUCCGAAUCGGUAUCAGAGAGGAUAAGAGGAUAGGUGUGAAUUGGUCAUUUUUACCCCUUGCUUUUUAGAAAAAAAUCCUGAAAUGAUACGGGUAAUUGAAACGAUACGAGUAAUUGAUCCAGAUCGAUCAAGGAUUAGGGAUUGGUCUCAACUGAUAUCGAUACGAUACGUUCAAUACAAUACCCAUACUUGAAACCAUGCUCAUAUUGGAGUUUCUCUAACUAAACAUGGACUGUGGAACAGAUUCUCGUACGAGAAUGAUUCUUAUCCCACACAUAAUACUCAUCACAGGACUUUUUCCUUACGUGGAUUACAUAUGCAUGAAUCAAGAUCCUAUGAGAAUGGUUCUCGAGAACCUGAUCCACUCUCCUAUACAUGCAGAUCAAAUAAAGGAUAAAAGCAAUGGAGACGUGGCUGUGGAUUUUUACCACCGGUAUAAGGAGGAUAUAGCUGCAAUGAAGGAUAUGGGGAUGACUUCCUUUAGAUUCUCAAUCGCAUGGACCAAAAUAUUUCUAGAUGGAAAGGAAAGUGGAGGAGUGAACAAGGAAGGGGUUUACAAUGACGUCAUCAACGAGCUUCUAGCCAAUGGUAUCGAGCCUUUUGUGACUCUAUUUCACUGGGAUGUUCCUCAAGCUUUGGAAGAAGAGUACGGUGGUUUCUUGAGUACUAAAAUAAUGAGUUUCUGAUGAUACCAAGAUACCAAUGGACCAAUCUCUCAAAGAUGAAUUGAGAAAAGUUGCCUUGCGUGACCAUCUCAAGUUCCUUCUUAAUGCCAUGGAGAAUGGGGUGGAUGUGAAGUGUUUCUUAAUGUGGUCUUUUCUGGAUAACUUCGAGUGGGAUGCUGGUUAUACGGUUCGUUUUGGUAUCAACUAUGUGGACUUUGAAAACGGACUGAAAAGAUAUCCAAAGGAAUCAGCACAUUGGUUUAAGAACUUUCUCAAGUCAAGCUGAAUUUAAAAAUGGAGGAUCCUUAGUUUCUACUCUAUCUAUUUAUAAUAAUACUAUUACUAUCUAAGGUGGUUUGUAUUAAGAAUCUUAUGGUAUUUUAAUUAAGCUACUCGAUCUCGUGUGUUAUUUAUCUUGAAUAUUAUGCUUAUGACUAUCAUCUUUUAUCAUCACUAUGUUUGAAAUUAUACUUUCAUUGAA